GACUGCAGACAUAGUACAGGAGAUGACCAGAGACUGCGGAUGUACUACAGGAGAUGACCAGAGACUGCGGACAGUAUAGGGAUGACCAGAGACUGCGGACAUAGUACAGGAGAUGGACCAGAGACUGCGGACACAGUACAGGAGAUGACCAGAGACUGCAGACAUAGUACAGGAGAUGACCAGAGACUCGCGGACAUAGUACAGGGGAUGACCAGAGACUGCGGACAUAGUACAUAGAGAUUGGACCAGAGACUGCGGACAUAGUACACAGGAGAUGACCAGAGACUGCGGACACAGUACAGGAGAUGACCAGAGACUGCG